UCAACCUGCACGAAGGUAGGCUGAAAAUAAGGCCGCAGAUUUUCGCUUGUUUGCUAGCUGCAGCGAACUGUUGAUUCAAUCGCGUGCCAUCCGGAAAAUCCGAUAGAUUGUUACGGUGACUCACGAAAGUGAUCUUAAACUGAAUUAUCACUUUCUCUUCUGUGUAUAAUCUUUUUGAGUGAUUCAAUCGGUGUCUAUGUUCAUUUAUUUCGGCCGGUUCGGGUUCCAUGGUGUCCGGUAAGGGUUUUACAAAUAGUAUCCCUUUUUACUGUCUUUUACCGUUUCUGAAAAGGAAAACGAAGUUUUUGUGAUGUGUGAACCUUUGUACUAUGUCGAUUUGAAUUUCCCUUGAGGAAUUGUUAAGUGCUUGAAAGGAAGGCCAUGAAACAUUUUCGAGGAAACAAAUCGUGGGCCUGACCACGCACGGAACCACCAUCAUCACCAUCACAAGCAACAACAGCACCAGUUCGCGCCGACAUUGCCGAAACGUCGUCGUUUCUCCCUUCUAAUCGGAAACACACAUCACGAACUGCGAUCUUAUCAAACAACGACGGUCGGCCAGGUCUUCGGGAACGAAACAGAAGAAGAUCAAAUCUGGCCGCGAGUAGACGCGCGGCAUUCAGCGAUCGAUUAUUAUAAUUCACGUACCCACUUGACUUUUCACAGUUUCGAACAAAUGAAGCGACUGAAAAUAAAAUGCAAGAUUGCGCAGUGUGGCAGUUGCAGUAGUAAUAGCAAUAGCAGUAGUGUACUUACUUAAUGCGCGUUUUCGUCCCUUGAAAGAUUGUUUACAUUGAAAGUGCGGUUUUCGUUCGUGAUUUGAUGAUGAACUGUGCGGUGCGUGUCGAAAUUUCGGUGUGUUCGUGAAUUUAUCGCGGGACAAUACUAAAUAAUAUGACUCUUGACCGGUAGCCGUAGAACGAUUGCGUUUUACCUAAGAUGCGGUUCGGGUUUUCCGUAGUGCUUUUCGUUUUGAUCGCUGCAUUGCCAAAGGUGCUAACGAACGACAAUGGGGGUGGCGAAUGCCGCUCGGCACUGGGAAUGGAAGAGGGUCGUAUUCCCGACCACGCUAUCACGGCCAGCUCUUCGUACGAGACCAAGUCUGUCGGACCCCAAAAUGCCAGAUUAAGACAAGAGAUAAACGGAGGUGCUUGGUGUCCAAAAGCUCAGAUAAGUAGCGAAGUAAAGGAAUACUUAGAAGUUGAUCUGCAAAAGAAUCAUUUGAUUACCUGGACAGAAACGCAAGGUCGAUUUGGUAACGGUCAAGGUCAAGAGUACGCCGAAGCGUUUCUCGUGGAAUACUGGAGACCGUCACUAAGUCGAUGGGUGAUGUAUAAGGACUCGAGAGGACAAAAGGUCCUGACCGGAAACAGCAACACGUAUCUGGUGGUGCGGCAACGACUCGAACUACCCUUUGUGGCCAGCAAGGUUCGAUUCAUCCCUUACAGCGAGCAUCCCCGAACCGUCUGCAUGAGGGUCGAACUAUAUGGCUGUUCUUGGGAGCAAAGUAUUGUAAAGUAUGAUGCUCCUAGAGGAGAGAUAAGAGACUUGGAUGUAGACCUGACGGAUGUCAGUUAUGACGGAAUACUGUACGAGAAUCUAAUGAGAAAUGGCCUGGGGCAGCUGGUUGAUGGUCUCUUUGGAGAUGACGACUAUCAGAAACAACUUGAAGGAGAAAAAUCAGGAAGCCGUUGGAUAGGGUGGAAUAACGAGACGCGGGAGGGAGAACCUGUUGAUAUCACGUUUGAAUUCGAUGGCCUAUACGAGUUUUCUUCAGUUCAAAUCCAUGCGAAUAACAUGUUCACCAGAGGUGUUCAAGUCUUUUCGGCUGCUGAAGCCUGUUUUAGUUUUGACGGCGUUCAGUAUCAGACGACACCCGUUUGGGUUUCCAUUACGAAAGAUUAUAGUAGAGAAUCUGCCGAAAAUAUAACGAUCGAUCUCAGAGGUCGUGUGGCGAGAUUUGUACAACUUCGGUUCUUCUUCUCCAAUAAAUGGAUUCUGAUAAGUGAAAUUUCAUUUAGAACUGUUCGACUGCCGCAGAACGUAAGCGCAGAUGUCUACGAGAAUUACCUGCAGUCCGAAGUGCCGAUUUCGACAGCUGCACCGGGUCUCGAAAGUGGUGAAACCACUCACACCCGCAAGGAAAUCACCCCUGCCACCAGUCCCACCAGUAACACGCAGGCCUACAUCGGUUUGAUAACGGGCGUUUUAGCGAUGGUUAUCAUCUUGCUGGCUUGCACCGUGUUCCUUAUGGUACGAAGGGGUAGAAAAAAGGUGGCGCUCCUUCACAAACAUACCGCGUUGGUUUCGAGCAGCACGAAACCAGGAGUCACGAUCAACAUGAAGGACCUUAAGAUGAACAUGUCGACUCCGAUCAUCAAUAACGGCUUAUCUCGUUCACGGCUCUCGGUGAAAAGCAGCAAGGUGAACACCCUGGGGACGACGGAAUCCAGGAAGAACGGCAAGAAGGGAGGAGCCACCCGCUACGGCCACGUAACGGGGGGUGAAGAAUCUGACAGCGAAAAUUCUUCCGUCUAUCACGAACCUUACAAGCUUUUGCCUAACAAUAAGCCCGAGUAUGGAUGCUUGCUCAAGAAAAACGGAAUUACCUCUAGUAAAAGCGGUGAAUAUACAGACUUCACGAGCGUGAACAGUUUUCCGGAGGAAAUCAAGUUCACAUCGCCUUCGUUUUAUAAUCUAACUUUACCGCGACCCCCCACCUCUCGAGCGCCAGCCUACGACGUUCAGAAUUUUCCAAUACCGACCAAAACUUCGAACGGAAGCAUACCCUCCGCAGUUGCUGAGAAUUUUUAUGCAGCAACAGACAUUAUACAGGUCCACCUUUGUGAAGCGGAUGGUCUUCCCGACUUUAAUGGAGGAUCAUCAUUUCAUAAAAAGCAGUUAGUAAUCGUCAAAAGCCUCUGGAGAGGCUGUAAAGAAGUCGAAAGGCACGAAUUCCUAAGGGAAACCAGCUGGUUAGCGGGACUCCGUGACCCUAAUUUAGCUCGCGUAGUUGGACUAUGUACCCAAGACGAGCCCAUGUGUGCGCUACUCGAACAUUCCGAGUGCAGAGAACUACCCCAUUUUCUUGCUCAAAAAACACAAGACAGUUCAGUUAAUGAAGGACAACAUCCCAUUAGCUAUGGAGGUCUUAUAUAUAUUGCCACCCAAAUAGCCUCUGGUAUGAAAUACCUUGAAACUUUAGACUUGGUUCAUAGAGACUUAGCAGCUAGAAAUUGUGUCAUAGAUAAGGCAUAUACUGUAAAAGUGUCAGACCACGCCAUGUAUUGUAAUCGGUACGACAUCGAUUAUUACAUCAGCGAUACAAAGGUAAAACUUCCAAUACGAUGGAUGGCAUGGGAAAGUUUAUUACUGGGAAAGUACACAACUAAAAGCGACGUCUGGUCGUUUGCUGUAACAUUAUGGGAAAUACUGAUGGCGUGUAUGCAACAACCAUUCGCAGAAUUUACAAACGAACAAGUGGUGGAAAAUAGCAACCACUGGUACCAAAACCAUGGCUGUCAGAGGUACCUUCCUCGACCGCCUUCGUGUCCCCGGGAAAUUUACGACCUAAUGGGUGAAUGUUGGAAAAGAAACGCAGUGGAUAGACCACAUUUUUCCGAAAUACACCUCUUUUUGCAACGGAAAAAUCUCGGAUAUAAUCCAAUGCAUACCCACGUCUAAAGUAGUUGUUUUUAUAAAUAAUGAACCCACAUAUGGUGGCUUUCAGCCUACUGGCCUACCCUACCUAUCAUUCCUAUCCCAUUUGGUGUUUUUUCACAUAAUAAUUUGAAACGUACUCUAUAUCCCAAAAGAAAAAACCGCUAGUCUUUAAUUCCUGACAAAACCGAGGUAAGAUAUUUUGAUAAACCCAGAACAACAAUUUUUUUUUAAUCUCCAAAAUAUUUUGAUAAAAUUUAAUAUUUACACCUUCAAAUUAGUUAAAACUAUUAUUUUUAUUUACUUAUAUUAGUAGCGGAUACGGGAAGGGGGGAGAGAAUAACAUGAAUAUAUCAGCACUGUGAAGAAUAUUUUCUGAAAAAAUUGAAUAAAUGACUGACUAUCUUCAUGUUAACAAAAAUGUCUCAGCUGGGGGAUGCAGGGAAGUGAUAAGGGGAGAGAAUCUAAGAAAAAGAAAGGAGUCGAAAUGGGACUGAGAGAGAUUUUGUGGAGGGACUGGUAAUGCUAUUGUGUGCCGUGGUAAUUAGAGGGGGAGGGAGGGGACAGAAUGCUGUGAAUUGGUGAAUGAGGAUGGAGGUGUAAGCUAAGCCGACUGAAAGAAAAUUUUAAGGAAUAGGGGUCGUUUUUUUUAUGACAAUGAAACAGGUGUGGUAAAGGAAAGAAGUGGGGGUUAAUAUAGAUAAGAUAAAAAUAAAUAUUGGAAAUAGGUACAGAAAAUAACUUGUGUGCUUAGUUUGAAAUUUUAUUUAGUCUAAUUUCUAAAUUUUUGAAAAUUACAGCAGUAAUAUAUCAAUAAAAUCUGUACAAUUUACGUUUUUUUUUUUUUAAUGCGAGUCCUUUUAUUAAUGAGACUCAAAGUACAUCAAAUAUUAUUUCUAAUAGAAUCAUUUCAAAAUAUUAAGAACCCCUCCCCCCACAAAGAAUUGCUUCUGGGUCCGCUCCUGCUUACAUACACAAUUUUUUGAACAAUUCCAUUGUUUUAUGUUUGGACUAGACUAGGGGUCGGCAAGUAUUAUUAGGUGUGAUGUGGUCGGGAUACUUUUGAAAAUUUUUAUCGAGGUCUAUUUUUUACCAAUUACAAUAGAUAGGUAUAUUUUUAUUCAAUGGGAGAAAUUACAUUUGCGGUCUUGAUCCAGUUUUUUAAAGUUAGGUUCACACUGGGAGCAGUCGCCGAAUAGCUCUGCAUAACAUAGUUAUAUUCAAUCUGCCUAUUGGGAUCCGUCAAAUGGGCAUACACCAUCUGGUGGCAAAAUUUAUAACUCGAAUGAGGGAGAAAUUUA